CGCGUUGCAAUAUGUUUAAAGUCAUCUGCUUGUUGGUAGCCGGACUAUUUGCCGUGGCAUUGGCUGCUCCCUACACAUAUGAUACUGAACAUAAUUGGAUCAAGGGAAAUCUUUCAAUUCCCUUGACAAGCGACGUUAUAGUUGGUGGAUUUGAUCCUUAUGGCUACAGAACUUACAUAGGCCGAGUCGCUUAUGGCACCAACGUCUUGCCCGCUCGUGUCGUGGCCGAGACGGGCUACGCCUAUUUCAACACAGACAAACUGAGCAACAAGCUUGUCGACUAUCAACUUUUGACUUCUAGUCCCAGUUUUGACUACGAAUGGAUACACAGCUUUGAUGGCAAUUACGAAAAAGGCGCCGUUUCUGUGGGCACCACCCAUUGGAACGAACGUGUCUUCAUUUGCCGCGCUAGGUCGGAUGGAGGUUUGCUAAUGGGCACUCUGUUCCUAUCGCAGAAGUAUUGCAUUAUCAAGAACGAAGAUUUGCCACUGCGUCAAUUUGACAAGUACGAGAUCCUUGUGGCCAAGUCCAAGGCUAACUCAACCUCUAAUGCCUAAGGAGUGCGCACAAAUACAUACAUACG